AUGGGUGUCCAGACGCCUCCGCCUAACGGCAGUUUGCAGAGAUACUCAGACCGAAUGUCUCAAUUGUUUUCAUCGGGUUCACCUGAGUCGAGCAAUAUUCACGACCCAUCUAGAUCAGUUGCUGGCUCUAUUGACGAGGAUUAUCAUCCUCAGCAGACCGACGUUCAAUCCGAUGGCGAAGGCGGGGCUACUUCAAUGGACGAAUGUAGUGAUGAAGAGGACACUCAUCGGGCGAUGAAAACUGAAAGUGUGGCCGAGUAUGAACACAAAUAUGUCAAGCCUCCGAACACUGGCUACCCCGGAGACUCGACAUCGACAAUCCUCGAUUGUAUGGCAGAAUUGGAUGUGCGGAUGCAAUCUAUUGAGGACUCACUCAAGAGCCAGGACCUGUGGAAUAAGGGAAUGCAGCAAAGGGUCGCAUACAUCACGGAUUGUAUUGACACGGCAACAAAAGAAGUGGCUCCCUUGAAAGAUAAGAUAGAAAUGUUGUGGGAGAACAAUAGCAAGAAUAGUGCUGUUGAGAAUCGAAAGUCCGGGCGCUUUAAGCGCCAGGCGCAGUGA